GUGCAUCAUUUAGUAACGAAGCUUAAACCGAACCGCAUCGAGCUCUGAAGCGCGCGCGCUCCUCUUCCCCGCGGAACCAUCGAGAACCAACAUCGACAAGAACAACAACCACAGCGAGAAUGUUUCAAAAAAGGAUUAUCGAACUUAUUGUGGUACUGCUGUACUGGAUGGUGAUCACGCCGGCGGUCUACAAGAUAUGCAAGGACAAGAACAUAAUCCAGGUGGAUAUGAACCACCUGCUGGACACAGUGGCCGAGCACUGCACCUUCGGCCUCUGCCUGAUGGUGGCUUACGUGAUCCUCUACCGGAUAGUGAUCUUCAUCUAUAUGAAGCUCAAGGUCUGCGACAUCCAGAUGUGGCACAACCUGAAGAAGACCCAAGAAGACCCCGAGGCUAACCUGAGCAAGAAGUCCCACUACCAGGCUGUGUCCACGGAAAACAUUGACACUGUGGACAGUGGGAAGAAAAGGCCCAUGACCCCCAAGAUGAUUAGGACCAUCAGCAACCCCUUGCUUAUCGAAAGCGAUUUGGCCCGCAUCCACGUCAAGCAUGAGACACGGCCCCUACAGAGUGCCACCCUCCCGAGGCUGCAGCGCGCCCAGGUCCACGCCAGUCCGAGUCCUAGCCUGAGAUGUGCCCCGCCAGUGCCAAUGCAACCGCCGAACGUCUACAACCAAGGUGUGAUCAUGUCGCCCAAGGUCCUGAUGCCAAGACAUCCAGACAUGGUGUAGAGACAGACUCAUAUUCCAUUGAGAAGGAUGACAAGGUCCAUUCCAAGUAUUAGCUACAGCCCAAAGAUCGAAAAGACAAUCGAAAUACCACGAAAUUAGUCAAUCAUAACAGCACAAGGCUCUUCUUGCAGCAGAAAGAGUUCGAUAGUGUUCAUUCGAGUGAACUUUAGUUAGCGAAAUAUAUUACAUAUUUAUUAAUAGUCUUAGACUCCUUUUUGUAAUGUGAGUAAUUAUUAAUUGCAUAUGUGUCAUAUGCCUUUCUUUAUAAUAAAGCAAGAAUAUUUU